AUGGGCUGCUCCUCUGUUUGGAUCUUUCUGCUGUGCCUUUCACUCUCUCAUCAAAAUGUUGCAGCACAAGCUGAAGCUUGCAGGACAGUGGUGCAGGCAGACAUAGUAUUUCUGGUGGAUGAGUCAUGGAGUGUGGGUCAGAGCAGCUUUUCCAGAGUCAAAGACUUCAUCUCAGCCAUCAUCUCCUCCUUUCAGGACAACAUGCUCAAAGCUGAGGGGGUUCGCUUUGGAGUCACUGUCUUUGGGGAUGUUCCGAGGAUGCGGGUUGCGUUGACAGAUUACAGCUCACUUGAGGAGGUGCUCAGAGCUAUCAGAAACCUGCCCUAUGAGGGUGGGUCCAGGCGGAUGGGCAGCGCCCUCCAGUUUCUUGUUGAUUCUGUGUUCAGCCCAGCCAUCAGCCGAGAUUUCACCCCAAAGAUUGCCGUUUUGAUCACAAAUGGACGAUCAGAUGACCAGGUGGACUUUGCAGCCAGAGUUGUUGCAGACAGUGGCAUUACACUCUUUGCAGUAGGUGUUAGGGGAGCUGAUGAGUUAGAGCUGAGAAGGGUUGUGGCUGAGCCUCAUGAGGAGCAUCUGUUGCCAUGCGCUGACUUCUCUCUCCUGGACACCGUCCUUCCUAAACUGUCUAGGCGAUUGUGUUUCAGUGCCUCUGAACCACCGCGUCCUGUGAAAACUUCAAAGCCCAGUGAAGAGCCUGUGGUGGGUCCCAGAGACCUGCAGGUGAGUGAACUGGUCCACAGCUCCCUCAGGCUCACAUGGAGCCAGGCCACAGGAGAUGUGACAGGAUAUCGCCUCCUGGUCACACCCCUCAGUUCCAAGGGGCUCCUCCUUUCCAUUCAGCAGAAGCAGCUGGACUUGAAGGCAGAUGUGAGCACAGCCAUGGUGACAGAGCUAAAUCCUAAAACAGAUUAUUCCCUCACACUUUAUGCCAUUUAUCCAAACCUCAUUGGAAACUCUGCAACAGUCACAGUGAAGACAACUCCUCUACCAAAAGUGUCAAACUUCCGUGUGAUUGAGGAGGGUCUGUUCUCCUUGCGUCUUGGCUGGACCCCUCCUGUGGGGAAGAUCAUUGGAGUCAAGAUCUUCAUCCCUAGAUCAAACAGACCAGGAUUUACAUAUGAUCAGCUGCUUCCUGGAGAUAUCUCAUCCCAUGUGAUCGACAGCCUGGAGGAGGAUAAGAAAUACACUAUUAGUAUUUACACUAUUUACCCCCAAGGACCAAGUGAACCAGUAUCAAUAGUGGGCAAGACAUUAAAGUUAGUACCGGUUAAGCAGUUCCUGGUCCAGAAUGCAACUACAGACACAGUGCAAGCAAGGUGGGCUUCAGUCAAAGGGGCCACAGGAUACCGUCUGACAUGGGCAUCCCCAGAAGGCCACAUAGAGAACAUCAACCUUGGUGAUACUUUUAACUUCUACAUGAUUCAGGGCCUCCACGCAGGCUCGGAGUACACGGUCACCAUCAACCCCAUCUUUGGAGACACGGAGGGACCUGUCACAUCCACCAAAAUCAAAACAUUGGAAAGCAGUGCUGUUCAAACACUGAAGGUAUCUGCUGUAAGCACUAGUACAGCAGUCGUCUCUUGGAACAGUGUCCCGGGGGCCACAGGGUACAGGCUGGCAUGGGGUCCCACCCCAGAGUUUGCUGGUCAAGAUCGCCCCAGGCAGCUGGCUUUGAAUGGCAGUACCACAGAGUACCAUCUGAAGAAUGUAGCCUAUGACACAGAGUAUGUUUUGACUCUGUAUGUGCUGUUUGGCUCUGUGGUCGGGCCUGGUAUCUCCGCUACCUUUAGAACCUCUCCUUUAGGUUACGUGUCAAACUUCAAGGUGUCAUCCUACACAAGUACUUCUAUAGAUGUGGAGUGGAGUCCCAUCGUUGGAGCCACAGAGUACAAACUUUCUUGGAAUACAGAUGAUAGUGCACCUCAGUUCCAGUAUCUGGACCACACUGUACUUGCACACCAGAUUACAGACCUAAGUCCACAGUCCAUUUACACCAUCACCAUCUGUGCAGUAUAUGGCAACUCAGAAGGUCCAGAAAUCUCCUUAUCUCAGCUCACAGCUGCAGUCUCAGACUCGGAGCCAAUCCAGGCGGUGAGGGAGGUAAAAGUUGUCGACAUUGGAGUAAAUUCCUUCACCCUGUCUUGGAGAAAAACACCAGGGGUUUCUGGGUACAAAAUCUCAUGGAUACCCUUCCUCGGGGGUAAUGAGAAGUCCCAAGUGGUAUCUGCAACUUUCACCACCUUCACCAUCAACAACCUGCGGGAGAGCUCAGCUUACAAGAUCCAGGUUUCCCCACUAGUGGGGAGGAGGGAGGGAAGCCCUGUUCUGGUUACCGCACGAACUUUGGAUCUCCCAAAAGUGGAGGGGUUUGUAGCUCUGAAUACAACUGACAGCAGCACUAUUCUGAACUGGACCCGUGUUGCAGAUGUUUCUGGAUACCUUCUCUCAUGGAGGCACAUCUCAGUGUUGGAAACCAAAACAGAGACCCUGGGCCCUGCCUUCUCUUCCUAUAAGAUCCGUAACCUCCAAUAUGGCAGAACAUAUAUAUUUACCAUCAGACCAUUGUAUGGAGAAGUGGAGGGACCUGUAAGCACCAUAUAUCAGAGGAUCUUGGGACAAAGUGAUCCUGUGAAAAUGGGCAAAUCUACGUCAGCUACAGUGACACCAAACUCUCCAUACACCACGACUAGUCCACAGACCACCUCCACUGUCAUCACUACUGCUGCUCCACCUGCCACCACGACCACCGAGCCCCCCACUGUUGCACCACCAACUAAAUCAUUAUCAACCAAGAAGCCUCCAGAUCAGCCUAAAACCAAAGCAGCUUUGGUCACCGCCCUGAAACUGACCACAGUUGGCGCAAAAUCUACAACUCCACCUCGACCAGUGUGUGGGAAGGCCAAAUCAGACAUAGUAUUCUUGGUGGAUGAGUCCUCGAGCAUUGGCGUUAACAACUUCAUCAAGAUGAAAGACUUUAUUUUUCGAGUGGCCACUUACUUCCCUGUUAUCGGUCCACAAGGCACACAGAUAUCUUUGGUUCAUUACAGCGAUGAGCCUCGUGUUGAAUUUCGUCUAAGCGACUUCAAAGACAGAAACUCUGUCCUCCGGGCAAUCAGGGGGCUGCGGUAUGGAGGGGGUAACACCAAAACAGGAAAAGGGAUCAGCUACGUUCUGCAGGAAGUGUUCCAGGAGUCUUUGGGGAUGAGGCAUGAUGUGGCCCAUGUUCUGGUUCUGAUUACAGACGGCAGGGCCCAGGAUGAUGUAAUGCCACCCUCCAGAAUUGCACGGGCUUUGGGGGUCAGUGUUUUAGCAGUCGGAGUUUCUAAUGCAGAUAUAGAGGAGCUGAAUAAAAUUACAUCUCCCACCAGCUACAAAAACAUCUUCUACUGUCCAACCUUUGAUGACUUCCCCUCCAUAGAGCGGGAAUUUAUCGGCAGCAUCUGUGGUGAUGAACUCCUAUCCGAGUUUAAACUAAAUGACGAGUUUGCUCAGUUAGACACUCCGACUGAAGACCCAGAGGAGCUGCAUAAACCUCAGGGUCCCUGUCCCUCACAGUGUGAGAAGGGUCAGAAAGGAGCAAAGGGAGAUGGUUUUAGCCUGGGAGGUUUGAGGUUUAGGCAAAGCCCUGGACAAUUUGAUCCUUUCACAUCGUCCAAAGGAGAAAAAGGAGAGAGGGGACCUCCUGGCACAGAUGGCAUCCCUGGGUUGCCAGGGCGACCAGGACGAACUGGACCCCCAGGUUCUCCUGGCCAGCGGGGUUCUCCAGGCAUCCCAGGUGACAUGGGUUCUCCUGGACUCACUGGUUCAAAGGGACAGAGGGGAGAAAGAGGAGAGCCUGGGUAUGUUAUCGCUGGCACAGAUUCUAAUUUUGUCCCGGGGCGAAAAGGAGAACCUGGGUCUUCAGGCCCCCAGGGACCACCAGGAGUAUCGGGUGUCAAUGGUUCACCAGGCCUGCCUGGCCAACCUGGACCACCAGGACCACAAGGAAUAUCUGUGAAAGGAGAUCCUGGAGAGCCGGGAGCGAAAGGUUUACGGGGGAAGCAGGGCAUGAAAGGAGACAAAGGAGAACUGGGAAAAGAUGGUAUUGCAGGUCUGCCUGGUCCCAUUGGCAUUGAUGGGGUACCAGGACUACCAGGUCAGAAAGGACAAAAGGGUGAAGAAGGAAUUGGUAUACAAGGUAAUCAAGGCCCUCGUGGAGAAAAAGGAGAGAAGGGAAAUAUUGGCAUAACUGGAGCAGUUGGCCAAAAGGGUGACCGUGGAGAUCAGGGUAUCCAGGGUAUUGCUGGACUUCGGGGUAAAAAGGGACUCAGAGGAGAGCAAGGGCACAAGGGGGAGCAGGGAGACAUGGGACCUGCUGGGCCACAAGGACCUCAGGGGCAGACAGGGCCGUUGGGACUGAAAGGAGAUGAAGGUCCAAGAGGAGUCCCUGGAGAUCCUGCCAAGGGUAUAAUUGGUCCGACUGGAAAAAAGGGCGCCAGGGGAGACGUCGGUCCAGUUGGUUCCACAGGUCCUCAGGGAAUGAAAGGAGACCAAGGAGACAAAGGAGAAAAGGGAAGUCCUGGUUUUGGGAUUCCAGGACAGCCAGGACCAAAAGGGGAAAAUGGUGAGCGGGGAAAUGUUGGUUUAUCAGGAAAACCAGGACCAAAAGGACGAGAUGGUGCGAAAGGUGAGAUAGGGAGUACUGGCUUACCUGGCAAGCCUGGCGAUCCAGGAUUAAGAGGUAAAGAUGGAGUAUCUGGAGCAAUGGGAGAACAGGGAAUAAAGGGUGAACCAGGGCCAGCUGGAGAAUCUGGUGAAAGAGGAAUAAGGGGUCCUCUGGGGUUACCAGGGCGGCCAGGAGACCCUGGAGAAAAAGGUGACUCUGGGAAGUCUGGUCAACCCGGUACUGAUGGAAUGAAAGGUGAUAAAGGCGAGCCGGGGAAACCAGGACCUCCGGGAACACAAACUGUUUCAGACAACAGUAUACUGACCAGAGUGAUUAAGGGUGAACCAGGAGAGUCUGGUCAGCCUGGUUUGAGAGGGGAAGCAGGUGUACCUGGGCCAAGAGGUCCUGAAGGGAAACCUGGAUUACCAGGAUCAUCACAGGGUGGUUCAGGAAGAGGCGGUUCUGAUGGUGUACCAGGAAAACCAGGAAUGAAGGGUGACAAGGGGCUAAAGGGAGAGCCCGGUUUGAGAGGAGAAAAAGGAGAUCAAGGUGGGGUUGGGAUUACUGGGAUGCCUGGUUUACCGGGAACACCGGGGAGGCCUAGUGUUGAUGGGAAAAGAGGCCAGCCUGGAAAAGAUGGAGAAAAGGGACCCAAAGGAGAUGAUGGAAAAAAGGGCGACAUGGGGGAUCCAGGUGCAAAUGGUAAAGAUGGAAGUAAGGGUGAGCCAGGACCUCCAGGUUUGCCAGGUAGACAAGUGCUCGUCACUUCAGAGGGCGCCACAGUUGAGGACAUUCGACAAGCCUUUCCAAUCCCAAUGGGUCCUCCAGGGGCCACUGGUUCACCAGGAAUGAAGGGUGAUAAAGGAGAAACAGGCCUUAAAGGGGAGAAGGGUGACGCCGGAGCUCCUGGAAGGUCUCUUGAGAUGAAGGACAUUGAAGUGAUGUUUGAAGACUAUGGUAUAAGGCUGCCUUUGCUGAAGGCUUUGAUUGACAGGCUGCUGCAGGAUGGAAUAGAGGAGCUGCUUCAUGUGCUCAGCAACUCGAAGAAAAUAAAAGAGAACACAGAAACCUCCAACGUCAUCUCUGAGAACACGAGGUCACUGAAAUUUGACCUCACCAGCCAGCCGCAGUCAGAGCUGGACAAUCAGCAGCCCGUCUCAGAUGAGCAGCUUCCUGAACCUUUGUCGGCCGAUUUUUUAAAUGAAACUGAAGCGAGUCCGACCUCUUGGACCAUCACCACACUCGAUGAUCAGCAGAAACUCAACCAGAUUGAAACCAAGUUAACGGGAUCCAGAGGGACCGAGAUUAAAGACUGGAACAGGAACGAGUCUUCACUCAAAAUAAAUCUGACUUUAGUCAACUCUACUUUUAAUUAUACCACUAUAAACGAGACGGUUUCAGGGGUACCUGAAACUGUGGUGGAGACUGUUCUCCUCAGUCAGGAAGACCCACUGAAGAAGAUCUCUGCACCAAAGAAGAAGAACAGAGAGCGUGGGAAAGGCAAAGGAAAUAAAGGACGUCGUAAGAGGCAAAGACAGCGCCUGACAAGUGAAGAGAAAAAACAAGAAGAAGAAGAAGAGGAGUUUUAUGAUGGUGAAGAUUACUCUUAUGAAUACGAGGAAGAACUUCCCCCAGAUGAACUCUCAUCCUCUCAUGAGAAGACAGAGAGCACAGAGCUUGAAGUCCAAACAGAUGAAUUCCCCAAUCCUGGAGAUAAAAAGGAGGGAUUGUUCCCCACACACAGUCCUGACCAGUUUGAAACCUCCAGUUAUUUACUGUCCUCAGACAGAGAAACAGAUGCACAGGUCAUCCUGACGACCACAGCAGGACCUUUUCAGUUUGCAGGUGGUGUGAACGAGGAUCAGGUGACACUGCCCACUCCUCCAACUGCAGCAGAUGAACCAGUCAAGGUGCCUCGACCUCAAAUCAGGGUGAAAAGAGGCACAUCCUGGCUUGACUCCACGGUGUUUAUGCCAGGCGCCCCAGGUGGAAGAAAUCAGUUUAAAAAUACACAAAAAGAUCAGUCCUCUGGAGCUCGAGGUUACAACAGCUGGACUCAGCGCACAGAGCACAAAAUUCCCAACCAUCAAAUUCAUGCCAGGGGGAAGUGGAAUGACAAAGAAGAAAGGAUAUCUAGUGAUGCCAAAAUAGAGACUCAGACAGAUGCACCUGCCGGAGGAGAGGAGCAUACUGAAGAAGACUGGGAAAUGGAAGAAGAGAAGGAAGAUGUAGUGACCGGUGGAGUGUUAGCAACAGACCUCGAUCCAGUCUAUGAGAAGGAGGAGGAGAGUGGAGACUAUGACUGGGAGAUUGAAGAAGAUGUAGAUCGUGAAAGGGAAGGGGAGGAGGAAGAUUUGGAGUGGAAGAGAGAGAGGGAAAGAUUGGAAAUGGAGAGAGAAAGAGGGGAGCUGGAGAAGGAGAGGCAGGUCGACAUGGAGAUAGAGAGAGAACAACUAGAAAGAGAGAGAGAGAAAAUGGAAAGGGAAAAAGACAUGGAGGAGAGGACAGAGGAAGAGAUAGAGAGAGACUUUGAGAGGGAGGAAUGGGAGAGGAGGAGAGAGGAAAUGGAGAGGGGGAAAGAGGGGGGUUACAGUGAAGAAACUGGACAGCCAUAUCCAUAUCCUCCAGAUUAUUUUUUUCUGAAGGGGCAGCAAGGUGAAACUGGAAAUCCAGGACAAAAGGGGGAAAUUGGUGAAAAGGGACAAAAGGGAGAGCCAGGUAUUGGCCACAGAGGUCCAGAGGGUCAGGCUGGUCCUCCAGGACAGAAGGGUGAGCCAGGUGAACCAGGUCCUCCAGGUGCUCAGGGCAUCCAGGGUAUCCAUGGUAAUGUGGGCAUCCAGGGCUCCCCAGGACUCAGGGGACCCCCAGGAGACCCUGGAGAACCGGGUAGAGAGGGGGAACGGGGUAAAAAAGGAAAGAAUGGAUCACAAGGAGCUACUGGACCUCGAGGUCCACCAGGACCUGAUGGUCUUCCUGGGGCGCCUGGAGUAAAAGGAGAAAAGGGUGACAGUAUUCCAGGUCAGCCUGGUGCUCGGGGGGUGCCUGGCCCCUCAGGGAGACAGGGUGAAAAAGGCUCCCCGGGUGUUAAAGGAGCUCCUGGUCCUGUUGGUCCAAAAGGUAUAUAUGGCAGCAAAGGUGAAAAGGGUGAUCAUGGCUUACCUGGAGUCAGAGGGGAAAGGGGGAGUGUGCUUCAGAUUCAAGGACCUCGUGGUUUCAAGGGCUCCAAAGGCGAGGCGGGAGAGCGAGGUUUCCCGGGUUUUGAUGGGGAUAAAGGAGAGAAGGGAGAAGAUGGUCCUCCUGGAGUGAAGGGUGUAAAGGGUGAUGCAGGCACUAAGGGUGCAAUGGGACGGUUUGGAGCACGAGGACCAGUUGGCCAGAAGGGGGAUCCUGGAGAGCCAGGUCUGAAUGGAGUGAUGGGACGCGAUGGAGAACAUGGGAAGGAUGGAGACAAAGGAGAUAAAGGAGAUGAUGGACUUCAUGGCCUGAAGGGUGACCAGGGGGAUCCAGGCGAAUCUGGCUUACCAGGAGAAAAAGGAGAGAAAGGAGAAAAGGGUUUCAGAGGUUUUCCUGGACGCGUUGGAACUUCUGGUCUAGAUGGAGAAAAGGGAGACUCAGGUUUACCUGGGAGCUCCGGUAUACCCGGACUGAAUGGACUCACAGGACGCAAGGGUGAUAAAGGAGAAGGGGGAACCAAUGGCAGUGAUGGUGUACCAGGAGAGAAAGGAGAAAAGGGUGCAGCUGGUUUCUCAGGUUUUCCAGGAUUUAAGGGAUCAGCUGGAAGUCCAGGGAGAGAUGGAGAUGAAGGACCACUAGGACCAUUGGGACCUCAAGGGGACCCGGGUCCCAAGGGUGAAAGGGGCAGAAGAGGCAGAUCGAAGCUGUGUCCGAAGGGAACACCAGGGACACCUGGACAUCGAGGAGAGAGUGGUUCAGUGGGUGUUGAAGGAUCAAAGGGAGACAAAGGAGAACCUGGGCUCUCGGCAGAAGAAGUGAAGGAGCUCGUGACUCAGGAGGUGGUAGAAAAGUGUGGAUUGGAAUACAAGUUUAUGGUAAAGUCUGUGGAUCCAGAUGCAACAUCUGCAAUCACAAAAAGUAAAAAUAAUCUGGAGGAUGCAGUAUUUUCCAUCACCAGUGAUCUUCAUGAGGAAGAGAAACACAAAGCGAAAAUAUACAGAGACACUUUUAGAGAAAUAGGUCCUUCUAUGAAGCUUACAGAAGAAAAGAAGUUGCCAAACUCUACUGAGUCUCAUGAGGGAGGAACUGUGGCAUGGACAGAGAGGAGGAAAAGAAGGGUGUUUGGAACAAAGGAUGCUGAGCGCUGUUCGGAGCUGAUGUCAGAAGGAUCCUGUUCAGACUACGUCCUGCUCUGGUACUUCCAUGUCCAGUCGGGGGAAUGCCGGCCGUUUGUGUACGGAGGCUGUGGCGGCAACCGAAACCAGUUCACUUCUAAACAGGAGUGCCAAAGUUGUUGUGUGAUGGAGAGCGGAGCAGCAGGAAACCCUUCAGAUCACACGGGGGACGUACUGUCCCACAGCUGA